AUGGCUCAGGAUGAGAGAGAGGCAGGGACGGCCAACCCCAUCAGUGACCCAAAGACAAGCAAAGACAUGGAAGAUCUGACAAAAUGCCUGGAGGAACUCGGUGAGAGCCCCAAAGAGGAGAAGAGCGAGCAGGCUCUGCUACGUUCACGCCUAGUACAACAGCAUCACCUUAUCUAUAUACUGAAGAAAAAAGCAGACGAUGCUUGCAAACGCUGCAGAGACCUGGAGCAGCUCAACGCAGAGUUGGAGCAACUGAGGACAGAGGAUGCUGUGAAAAUGAAAAGCCAGACCCAACAGAUUCAGCGUCUGGAGAGGUGCUUUAUGGAACUGGCCGACAACCAUGAAAAAAUGAUCCAGUUGAAGGACGAACACAGGAAACGGCACAUGCAGCUGUGGGAGGAGAAUAAGCGCCUGCGGCAGGAGAACGAAGCGCUCUUCAACCAGACUGUGAGGGAGAAGGAAGCUGAAGUGCUCCAGCUCACUGCUCAGGCCAAAAAGCUCUCGCAGCAGUUAGAGUCCUUACAGAAGAAACGUGCUUGUGAGAGCCGCAGAGCCCAGGAGCGAGAAAAGGAGCUGCUAGAAGCUCAGAGCCAGCAAGCAAGUGCCUACGCCCGGGAAGUGGAUUCACUAAAAAACCAGCUGCAGCGCCUACAGGAGAAGCACCAACAAACCACUGCACAGGCAGAGCAGGCAGAAAGUCAGCAGAGGGCUCUGAGCAGCAAGCUGCAGGCCAAGCUGGAGAGGGCAAACGAGGAGAAAGAGCAGCUACUGAACCUGGCCACGGAGAGGGACAAAGCUCUGCAAGAUGAGCAACGGGAAACUGAGCAGCUAGGGAAGAAGCUGGAGGCGGCGGAAGAAGCCAGGCAGAGAGCAGGAAAACGCCUUGUGAAAGAGGCAGCGGACACCGAUCUGAGGGUCCAAGAGCUCCAUCGACAGCUCGAGAGCAGCAAGCAGGCGUACAACGAGCUCUCGCUGCAGUUUGAUGCUUACAGAAAGCACAGCAGGGAUUUACUGACGAAGGAAAAAGCGCUGAAUGCCAAACUCCGUCAUUUUGUUGCGUAA